AUGGCGCCAUAUACGCGUUCCGGUAUCAAGUACUGCCUCAACAAUCCGCUCGCCACCCUUUCCAAACAGCCUGUCGAAAUCCUGGAGCUUAUCAACGACAAUCUCGAAGACCUCCGCGACAUUCAAAAUGUCCGCCUAGUCUGCCGCAGCCUUGAGGCGGCCGCCUGGCGCGCUUUCGGAUACCGCGUUACUCCCGGCCCCUUUCGCCUCGUUGGUUGCAGUCUCGAACGCCUCAAGAGCAUUUCCGAGAACAACGCUGCAGCGGAGAAUAUCCGGAGUCUCACCUUCGGCACGGAGAAGCUGCACAACGAAGGGGUAGAUGCUCUUAGUGACUGGGUCGACGAAGCCGCAACCAAGGGAGGGAAAGAUCGUCGCCGUCCUACGCUGAACGCCUACAAGAAGAUGUUUACCGACUAG